CGUUUUGCAACCAAGUUACUUCCGGUCUUAAGGCAUACAAUUGUCACCGAAGGCAACGUUCGAGGCAACGUUUGCAUUGCCUCACGCCCCCAGUUCGUACUACAGGGAUCCCGAGAUACCCCAUCGUCCCGUACGGGUGGGCGGCGCACAGCAUGCAGCGUGUAACCGUAUGUAGAUGUCAAUUAUUACUUGAUUCGCCCAAUUAUAGAACCUGUCUAGGUUCCCGUCCCUCCAAUUCGGCUCUUCUCGUAUUCCAGAGGGACACUGUAGUUAGUAGAAAAGAAUGCCUCCCCGUCAUUCCCACACCUCACCGCUCGCAAUUCAAUUUUUAUUUCCUUGCCACAAACCCAUGAUAGUCAUCUCGAACCGCUUUCCUGGUUAAACCAACAUGGCACCACCGUUGCAUCAGCGCGAGGGGAAUGAUGCAUUCGAUGCGCACACAGUAGCUACACCAGAAGCUGGAGACACCGGCAACUCAAUGGCGCCUUGGUUAAUAGCUGUGAUCGUCAUCGGAGUACUCGUUGUAGCAUCGCUGAUCGUAAUUCUGACAUUACACCUAACAAGAAAACGGCAGCGAAUCCCUCAAGAGGACCAGGCAGACCCUCUGGGCAAAGAAUUUAAAAAACGGAAGAUGAGGUCGACAGACAGGCAAGCAGUAGAGGAGAUUGAGCGGGCUACGAUGAUCCGGAAGUCCCUAGCAAGCCGAACCUCGUCGCGGAACUCUCAGGUGUGGGGGUCUUCGGAAUAUCAAUUCCAAGAGCUGGACCAGGAAGACCGAGAGCCUGUGGCCCCGAGAGAACCAAAGGAACAGACAGAACAGGGAGAAAACUGGAAGGAAUUCGAGGCAGGUCAGAUACCGAUUCCCGGUGUUCAAGACACGCAGAUGGGAAUCCACCCGGCUCUUCUACCGCAACCUCAAUUAGCCGUUCGACCUCCGCCUCGAACACCAUCUCCGAGCCGGGGACCGCAACCACCUCGAUUAAUCAUCCCUUCAUAACGAGAAAACGAGUUUACUAGGUUAUAUAUUUCCUGCGCCGCUUUGACGAAUUUUUUUGCAUACGGAUAUGGGAAGGUUUAACGGCGCAUAGUAAAGAAUACCCUCGGGGCCAUCGCACAGGCGUUUUAGGGGCGAGCAUUGAUGGCACUGUCAAUAUCUGGGGUAGCUAUUUAUAAGUUUUAAUUUGUUUAUUGAACCACGGUUAUCUGUCACGAGGGGGUGUUAUUGGUGUUGGUUUGAAAAUAGCCAUGCUUCUAGCCUGUCUACGUUUAUUCCCGUCAUGGUAUCAAGCACUUCUCUCUAUCACAGUACAGUUAUGUCAAAUUUACGGCGAGGAUCGCAGGCGAUUCUGCCGUUGUCUUCAAAGCUGUUUACCUUUUAGAAAUGUGAUUAGUUUCUAGCAUUUUGCGUAUUUGAUAUUCUAAUAUGGCAUUUCUGCAAGAGAGUGAUGAGGCUUGGAAUAUGGUGAAUGGCGUGGAAUAACCCUUAGGUACCUCCUAACCUAGUUUCUCAGACGCCACUUUUUGGUGCUUGGUCAUUUUUCUAUUGAUAAAACAUCCAUGUUGAAUAUAUUUGUCCAAGGUUUUAUAAAAAUUCACUAAAGAUGGAAUUCCUCACAACUAGACUAAGGUUAGGUACAUAGGUACCAGUCAUGAAACUUUGGAUACCUAUGUAUAAUAAGUUUAUUGAAUACGUCCAAUAGCAUCAGAAAUAGAGUUUAGUUACUACAAA